GUGAACACUGGUAGGUAUAGAUGAUGGAAGCGACAUCGAAUGCUGCCCGGCCAGUCGUCACAUGCAAUACAUCAAAAUGACAAUCGGCAUGCGAAUAACACUUUCGGUUGCGUUCAGGAAUUCUGGCACAACCCCGCAUCCUCUGUAAAGCUUCCUACUGCGGGGAAGCUGGAGAUAAUAUACAAGUCGCAUCCUAGACCAACUCUAGCCCUCAGCUUUCAUUCCACUGCCAAUUCAGCAGUAUUCAUAGAGAUAAGCCAAAUAUCGAGAUGACGAGACAACCCAAAACAGCAUACAUUACAGGCGGCGCAAGCGGCAUAGGCCUUGCCUUAACAACGCACCUCCUAUCCCAAAACUACCGCGUCUUCAUAGCCGACCGCAACACGACCGGCGCGGCGCGACUCGCCUCCCAGCACAACAAGCCCAACAAUACCGUGCUCGGGUACUGUACUUGCGACACCGCGAGUUGGGAAUCCCAAAUCUCCGCCUUUCAGAUGGCACUGAAAGCUCUCGAUGGGAGAAUAUCCUGCAUCUUCCCCAUCGCAGGCAUCGGCGAAAAGAAAUGGCUUCCCUUCCCUUCCGAGAGCAACGACGUAGCCGCCCAUCUAUUCACGAAGCCUGAUCUCUCGGUCCUUGAUGUCGAUCUCAGUGGUGUCCUAUAUACUGUUGCGUUGGCCGUGCAACAUUUCCGGCGUCAGAGUCCCGUUGUCUGGGAAAACAGUUUCGUAGAGCACUCCAUGCGCGGUAAGAUCGGUCUUGUGGCAAGUGUAUGUGGGUUUUACUGCGUACCCAGCCUACCCAUCUACACGGCAGCGAAACACGCGUUAGUUGGGUUGACGCGCUCGUAUGGCGUAUUACUUAAGGAAGAGGGUAUCACGGUUAAUGCCGUGGCUCCGAACGUUGUACGGACAGGGAUUAGUGACGAUGCGUUUUACGAUGCGAUGGAAGAUGAAGGUUUGUUGACGCCGAUGGAUGGGUUGAUGAAGGCUUUUGGUGACAUCUUGGAAGGGGAUAAAAGUGGCCUUGUCUAUGAGUGUGGGACGAAAGGGGAUUGGACGGUUCGAGAGGGUGCGAUGUAUCUGGACGAGGAAAGUGGGAGGUGUUGUGCUUUACUGCAAGAAAGAGCAAAGAAGCUCCAUUAUGGUCCGGGUUGAUGGAGUUGGAUUGUGGGGUUGGAUAGUCUGGGUUAAAUGUUAUGCUCUUUCCGACC